AGGUGAAAAAGAUGUUGAAAGCUCUCUCUAUAUGACAGGCACACACAGGCAUCUGCUUCCUUUAAACAGUUUAUGAAGUUUCUUCACUACUUUAUAAUAACUCUCUCUUCCUCUCACUUACUCCUUCCAUAGAAGUAAAACUCUUCACUAAACCCAUUCUCUGUUCUUCUCUCCUCAUACUUGUUAACAUAAUCUAACCAUCUCUUAGUUUAGCUUGGAACAUGGACCAAAGCAAUGCUCUUCUUAGCUGGGCUUACUUCUCUCAGGGAAAGACAACGGAAGAGUUAAGACAGACUCUUGUGUACACGACACUGGAGCUAGAACAAACGAAGCUGGUGGCUCAAGAGGAACUAAGGAAGAGAGAUGAACAACUGAUCCAACUUGAAGAUGUUUUAACCAAAACCCUCAAAGAAAGAGACGAAGCUCUUGAGAAAUGUCAUCACCUCCUCAUCAACAAUCUCUUACUUCAACAGAAACAGCAGCAGAAUCAGAAGAAACAGGAACACAUCACUCCUCCUUUAUCUGGAGCUUCAAGCAUUAUUGAAGACGAGCAAGUUCAGCCGCAGCCUCAGCUUAACUCUAACAAGAGCUUUUCGUCUUCUGACACCGAAGAAAGCAUCAUGUCACCAUCAGUGAUCGAUCCGGUGAUGAUGAACCAACAGAUUGAAGUGUCAGGAGAUGAGAUGAUGGCUACAUUGUUGCCUGAAAAGCCACUUCCUGAAAAGGGGAAACUCUUACAAGCUGUUAUCAAGGCAGGUCCGUUGCUUCAGACACUUCUCUUAGCUGGUCCUCUGCCUCAAUGGCGCCACCCGCCUCCUCCACUUGAGACCUCUGAGAUCCCUCCAGUCACCGUCCCACCACCGCAGUUUCAGAACAGUGGUUGUGGCAACUCCAACAAGAAAAGGGCAUUCUCCUCAAUCUCAGAUGAAACUUACUCAGAAACUAAGUAUCAGAAAGUUCUUCUCCAUUAACUCAGACAUUACGCCGGGCCGAGCUUGCUACUGAUCUUUUUCUCCUUACUCAACAAAGUACUAAUAUAUAGUCUUCUAAUAUACAAUAUACAGAUCAGUAUUAGUCUCACUUACGGUUUCUAGUGAGAGUGAUCUUUUUUAGUCAGUUUGUUGUAGAUAGAGCUUGAUUUUGAAUUUGUGGAGAGUGAAUCUGAUCCAUUUAGGGUUUAGAUUUAGAGAGUGAUGGGAAUGAAACUCCCCCUGGUUUAACAACUCAAAACUUAAACAUGAGUUUUUUUACCAAGUGUGAGAGUUUUGCUAUUUGCAUUUCUUUGGUUUUGCUUAUUGAUUUUUUUGUUUUGUUUCCUAAACCCAAUUUCACAUCCAUGUUUUGGCUCCACGAAUGUAUUGGGAUGUUUUGUUUUUCCAUUUGUUAUCAUCUAUGUUCAUUUCCCUUGGUGUAGAAUACUAAAGAUCUAAUGGAAAUGUGAUUGUGUUUUAGUGAACCAA